UUAGACGGGCAUAAUGGUUUUUGCUGUCUUGUCACGAUGAUGAAGAAUGAAUGCAAGUCUCGAACGCACAAAGUAGUCUCCUCUAUUGAUGGGUGACCAUGUAUUGAGUAUUGAGUGGCCGGCCUGAGCAGACCUGAUGGACACGGUGUCUGUUCCGCGGAUUAACCCGACUGUCCACCCGCAGGCAGGCAGGAUCACAACCACAUUCAGCUAAUGGAUGGUCACGACAAAAGGCGAAGACAUCUUCUGGACCUCGUCUAAGAGCUGUUGAAUUCCUUGGAACACUAUCUCGGACCGCAUAUAGCUUCCAUCCCGAGAGAGGCGCUGGACAAAGAUGGCGCAGGACGCGGCGACCAGGUAGGUCGGGGGAAACGGACCACGUACAAGUUCUCUACCUGCUGCCGAGGACUGGGACCAGAGAUUCACCAUGAACGUCACACCGACUGAGGAAACCGGGUUCCGUUUCGAAUCAAACUCAACUGCAGCUGCCGAUGAGAACAUCUGGACCGCUCCUGUCAUCCAGAGGGUCACGACAAUCGCAGUCAUCAUGUUCAUGGCGCUGGUGGGAAACGGCUUCAUCAUCACCGUUCUCACCACUUCUUCCGCAAAACAACGCUUCAGCAGAGUCAACAUCUUCAUCCUGAACCUGGCCAUCGGCGACCUGUGCGUGUGUGUCGUCACCAUGAGCACGGAGAUCAUGUUCGUGGCGUUCGGACAGUGGGUGCUCGGGGCCGUCAUGUGCAAGCUGGUCGUCUACGGGCAGAUCGUCACGCUGGCCAGCACUACCUUCAUCCUCACAGCCAUGACCAUCGACCGGCACCAGGCCAUCACCAAGCCGCUGCACUUCCAGACGGAGUCGUCUGCCCGCCGCAUGGUGGCGCUGUCGUGGCUGCUGGCGUUCGUGGUCGCCAUCCCGCAGCUGCUCAUCUUUGUGGAGGAGGAGCGGCGGAGUAAGACCGGGGCGGUCAAGCGCGUGUGUGUGAGCCAGGGGUACACGGCGGAGUGGCAGAGGCAGGCGUACGUGACGUGGCUGGCCCUGUAUGUGCUGGUAGCGCCCACCAUCAUCAUCUCCUACUGCUACAUCCGCAUCGUCUGGACCCUGUGGCACACCGAGUCCACCUGCCCCACCGGCCAGAACUACAGCCGCACCAGGACAGACACCAUCUCUAAGGCCAAGAUAAAAACGAUCAAGAUGACUGUGUGCAUCAUCAUCGGGUUCGUGACGUGCUGGACGCCGUACUUCGUCGUCACCCUCCAUGACGUGUACACGGGCAAGUCCCUGCCUGACGUGGCGUACGUCAUCGCCGAGACCAUGGCCCUCUUCAACUCCGCCUUCAACCCGAUCGUGUACGGGCUGUUCAGCGUCAAGACGAAGCGGGGUGUGCGGGAGGUGUGCUGCUGCCAGGACAGCGCGCGCAGUCACUCCACCUUCUCCAGCUCCGUGACUCCCCGGACCGACCUGGAGAGCGUGGCGGAUGGGAACUCGCCCUACCGGCUCCACGCGGUCUCCACCAGGAACCGGCAAACCAACGGGAACGGGGAGACCCGCCGCUCGGUCGAGAUGUGUCUGCUGACGGUGCCGAGCAGAAGCUCUGUGUACGUGCCGCGGCUUCAUGCUGAAACGUCUUGCUAA